UCUUUCAACUAGUCACGUAACUGGUGGUUGCACUCUCGAAUAACGCACCCAAACCGCCUACAACCCUUUCAGAGUACCAGUUGAAGAGGAAACCUUAAAAUAAAUCUCACAAUACAAGACACAAGCUGUUGGGGUAGAGACCGUGGCACGCAAACUGUUUGUAGGUAAAAAUUGUUUUCUGUAUUACAGGUUUUUACAGUUUAAUCAGAACCGUUCGUUAUUGGUAAUUUAAUUUUCUAGCUGUCGUACUUAAGGGCAAUAGUGAUUUACUAAGGAUCGCAAGAUGGAAUCCGCUUGGCUGGUUUGGAGUAUAUUAGUCAUUCUAUUGGCGACGCCAAGGUUAGGCUACGCAGUACAAGUUGAAGAAUUUACUGACGAUGAGGUGGAAACGGUGGCCAUAACAUACGGAAUCAUUCCGGGAUUAAACGAAGUAAAGAAAUUGUUUAAUGAGGCGAGAAGGGAAAAACGCGAAGUUACUCCGGAACAAGAUUUAUCCCGUUUCCAGACUACAAAUCUCAACUGUAAAAAUUCAGUGGAGCAACUCACCAAAAAGUUUCGUCAAAAAAUCGCCAAUGUCCCAAAACCAGCGGGAUCUAACGAUCAGGCAACGCUUGCCACUUUGACUAAAAUUGAAAGAGCUAUUAGAAAUGCUUCGCAAGAAUUAGAGGAGGAAUGUGCCUGGAAAGAUAGUAUCAAUAAGCCGGUGGAAGCCACUAGGACGCAGUUCCUAACCACAGAAGUCAACGAUAUGGGAAGUGAAGGGAUAGUUAUCUAUCAAAUUGGAAUCCAGAGGUUGGAAUUUGAAGAUCCAUACAACAGGCCUAACAGACCUUGAGAUAAAAAAUGACUCUCCUAUAUUUCUAUUAGCAUGCACUUCCUUCUUCAUGAUUAUAUUCUAAACACAUUUCCAAUGAUGGAUGUUUUCUUUUUAAACUUAACUAUUUUACCCACAAUCUUUAAAAAAACAAUUUCAACUUCUUACCUAAACAUGUAGAGAAAUACAUGUUUUUAUCUCCUAGU